AUGUCGUCCACGGGCAUUGACCGCGCGGGGAACCGCAACAAUCUGCCCGGCUACGGCCAUGCCGACGGCCGUCUCCCAGACGAGAAAACGGUCGGAGAACCCUACGGCGAGCCGUUCGACGGCGGCUUCCGCUCGUCUCUCGACUCGGGCGACAAGAGGGAUCACACCCACCGCAAGCUCAAGUCGCGCCACAUCCAAUUGAUUGGCAUCGGCGGCACCAUCGGCACCGCCCUCUACGUCCAAAUCGGACGCGGCCUGCUCAACGGCGGCCCCGCGAGCCUGUUCCUCGCCUUCAGCAUCUGGUGCACCUUCAUCCUGGCCGUGACCCUGAGCAUGGCCGAGAUGGUCACCUACCUCCCGAUCUCGAGCCCCUUUAUCCGCUUCGCCGGCCGCUACGUCGACGAGGCCUUCGGCUUCGCCGCCGGCUGGAACUUCUUCGUCUUCGAGGCCGCCCUCGUCCCGUUCGAGGUCGUCGCCUGCAACCUCAUUAUCCACUUCUGGAGCGACGCUGUCCCCGCGGGCGGCAUCAUCGCCAUCAUCCUCGUUCUGUACGGCCUCAUCAACGUCAUGGCCGUCCAGUGGUACGGUGAGACCGAGUUCUGGGCCGCCCUCGGCAAGUUCCUCCUCAUCGUCGGCCUCAUCAUCUUCACCUUCAUCGUCAUGCUCGGCGGGAACCCCCUCGGCGACCGCUUCGGCUUCCGGUACUGGAACAACCCCGGCGCGUUCGCCGAGCUGUACUACUCCGGCAGCCUCGGCCGCUUCCUCGGGUUCCUGCAGUGCCUCAUCCAGGCCUCCUUCACCAUCGCCGGGCCCGACUACGUCGCCAUGGCCGCCGGCGAGGCCGAGAACCCGCGCAAGGUCAUGCCCCGCGCCUUCAACGCCGUCUUCUACCGCCUCACGGCCUUCUUCGUCCUCGGCUCCCUCUGCGUCGGCAUCCUGGUCCCCUACAGCGACGACGAGAUGUCCCGCGCCUUCAAGGACGGCCAGCCCGGCGCCGCCGCCUCGCCCUACGUCGUCGCCAUGAACCGCCUCAAGAUCGGCGUCCUCCCGCACAUCGUCAACGCCAUGGUCCUGACCGCCGCCUUCUCCGCCGGCAACUCGUACGUCUACUGCGCCUCGCGCUCGCUCUACGGCCUCGCCCUCGAGGGCAAGGCGCCCGCCUUCUUCAAGAAGUGCACCAAGAAGGGCGUCCCCGUCUACUGCGUCAUCGCCGUCCUCCUCGUCGGCCUCCUCAGCUUCCUGCAGCUGAGCAACAACACGGCCGUCGUGCUCGACUGGUUCGUCAGCCUGGUCACGGCGUCCCAGCUCAUCAACUUCUCGUGCAUGUGCACGGCGUACCUGGGCUUCUACCGCGCGCUCAAGGCCCAGGGCAUCAGCCGCGACUCGCUGCCGUACAAGGCCUGGUUCCAGCCGUACGCGGCGUGGUACGGGCUCGUCGGGACUUUCAUCAUGACCUUUGUGGGGGGUUACACCGUUUUCCUGCCCUUGGACGGGUACUGGAACAUCCCGGACUUUCUGUUCUCUUACACCAUGGUCGGGGUGUUUCCGCUCCUGUACCUCGGCUACAAGUUUGACCUCAAGAGGUUCAGGAAGCGGACUAGGAUCUUCAAGCCUGAGGACGUCGACUUGUACCGCAACAAAGAAGAGAUUGAUGAGUACGAGCGGAACUACGUGCCCCAACCAGCCAAGAACAUGUUCGAAAAGAUACUGGACAAGCUCUUUGGUUGA